AUGGCUCCGAUCGCUACCAGCCGGGAAGAAUUUGAUGAAAUCCCCACAGUGGUGGGGAUCUUCAGUGCAUUUGGCCUGGUCUUCACAGUCUCUCUGUUUGCAUGGAUCUGCUGUCAGAGAAAAUCAUCCAAAUCUAACAAAACUCCUCCAUAUAAGUUUGUGCAUGUGCUAAAGGGAGUUGAUAUUUAUCCUGAAAACCUAAACAGCAAAAAGAAGUUUGGAGCAGAUGAGAAAAAUGAAGUAAAGAAUAAACCAGCUGGGCCAAAGAAUUCUUUGUGUCUUGAUCUUGAGAAGAGAGAUCUAAAUGGCAAUUUUCCCAAAACAAACCUCAAAGCUGGCAGUCCUACCGACCUGGUGACUGUGACCCCAAAGCUCUUUUCAGAAGGGGAAAAAGAGGCAGUUUCCCCUGAUAGCUUAAAGUCCAGCACUUCUCUUACUUCAGAUGAGAAACAAGAGAAUCUGGGAACCCUCUUCUUCUCCUUAGAGUAUAACUUUGAGAAGAAAGCAUUUGUGGUAAAUAUUAAAGAAGCCCGUGGCUUGCCAGCCAUGGAUGAGCAGUCGAUGACCUCUGAUCCAUACAUCAAAAUGAUGAUUCUCCCAGAGAAGAAGCAUAAAGUGAAAACCAGAGUUCUGAGAAAGACCUUGGACCCAGCUUUUGAUGAGACCUUUACAUUCUAUGGAAUACCCUACACUCAGAUCCAAGAGUUGGCCUUGCACUUCACAAUCUUGAGUUUUGACAGGUUUUCAAGAGAUGAUAUAAUUGGAGAAGUCCUUAUUCCUCUCACAGGAAUUGAAUUAACUGAUGGAAAAAAGUUAAUGAACAGAGAAAUUAUCAAGAGAAAUGUUAGGAAGUCUUCAGGACGUGGUGAGUUACUGAUCUCUCUCUGCUAUCAGUCCAUCACAAAUACUCUCACUGUGGUUGUUUUAAAAGCUCGACACCUGCCUAAAUCUGAUGUGUCUGGAUUUUCAGAUCCCUAUGUCAAAGUGAACCUGUACCAUGCCAAAAAGAGAAUCUCCAAAAAGAAGACUCAUGUGAAGAAAUGCACCCCCAAUGCAGUGUUCAAUGAACUGUUUGUCUUUGACAUUCCCUGUGAGGGUCUUGAAGAGAUAAGUGUUGAAUUUCUGGUUUUGGAUUCUGAAAGGGGAUCCCGAAAUGAGGUGAUUGGGCGGUUGGUCCUGGGAGCAGCAGCAGAAGGAGCCAGUGGAGAGCACUGGAAGGAGAUUUGUGACUAUCCCAGGAGACAAAUUGCCAAGUGGCAUGUUCUCUGUGAUGGUUAG